AUGAAGGGAACACUGGCCGCCACAGCGCCGACGUCGCGCCGGACCAACGACGGUCCGAGUGCCCGUCGGAGGAAGAUCAGAAAAAGUCACAGCCGACGCCUCAGUCACAGCGAGGAAUUCAGGACUUCUACGGAGGUACAGACACAGGUUCCCCAGCAGGACGCCCCGCCGCCCGCCCUGGGUCCUGGCUCGGACUAUGGCGAGAAUGGAGGGCCGCCCACGCCCGUGGUCUUCACGGGCGGGGAGGCUCCCCUUUACUCCGCCACAGCCGCCACGGAGCCUCACCAUCCAGCACUCUAUUCACCGCCUGCGUCACUCCCUCAAGAGCCGCUUUAUCCUCCCGCAGCUUCUUUGGCUCAGCCUCCGCCGCCUCCGCACCCGCAGGUGUACCCACAUUACUACCCGCUACCCGAGUACCCUGCUCUGCGGCCCGAGUACCGCGCCUACCAGCCGUACCCGCCGCCGCGGCCCGACGAUCCGACUCGGCCUGUGCAGUAUCCGCACUACCCGCCCUACCAUUUCUGACGCUGUGGCCACCAGUGUUCCCGCAGUCCAGCCGCCUUCUCCCACUCACGCACCUUUGGGCAGCACUGCGUAUGAGCACUCCCCUUCUACCCUCCCCCUGUGCCCCCUUAGCGCGUAGCUCCGCGUAGCUCGGGGGUACAAUAUUUUCGUAUGAAAAGAACUUUUAUUCACAAAUGAAGCAACAGCAUCUCAGGUGCCCCCCUCCCCAGACUUCCCUUUAUUGUGUUUGUGUGUUG